CGAGAGUCGAGCCACAUGCCAGAAAGGUUUCGUGUCGGGCCGGUCAGCCGUCGGGACUCGGGUGGCAGUGUCGGGUGUCGGCCGGGACCCGGGGGCGUGGAGCGCGCCGCCGCUGUAGUCGCGCGGUCGCGCGCUACUCUCGCUCUGUCAGUGCCUUACGAGACGCGGCUGCGAGCACGCGUCCCCGCGCCUCGAGUGACCGGAGUGUAGUGCACGAGUGCCACAUGACACAGCGGACCACUGCCUCUCUCCUGCGCCUUGUUUGACGCCUGCACGAUGUCCUGUGCCCGGGGCCUUUGCACUGCCGAGAAGAUAUUCAUCUUCAUCAACAUCGCCUUCGCAAUGUACAGCGGCGCGCUGCUGGCGACGGCGGCGCGGCUGGCGUGGGACCCCAGCACGUACACGUGGUUCCGGUUCCUGUGCGCGGCGCAGUACCGCGUGUCGGCGGCGUACGUGUUCGCGGCCGGCGUGUGGCUGGCCGCGCUCGUCUACCUCGCCGCCGCCGCCGCGCAGCGCAGCGCCGCCCACUGCCUGCACGUCUACGCCGCUGGCGUGGUGUGCCUCGCCGUGAGCGAGGUAGGCUAUGGUGCGUGGAUGGGGGCCUCGCUGGCGGCCUGGUGGCGCUCCGCCCCGCAGGCCGAGCUGGCGCGCCGCGGCAUGGACCUGCUGCACGACUUCAAGCCCGCGCUGCUCGCAGUGGAGCGCUACCGCGACGUGGCGCGCCCGCUCUACGACAUGAUCGAGGAAGUGGAGCGGGAGGCGCCCAACAACGCCUACGUGAUCAUCGUGUUCGGCGUGCUGGGCGUGGUGCUGCAGGUGGCGGCGUUCGUGAUGGCGCGGCGGCUGGCGGCGCGCGCGCGGCGGGCCCCGGCCUGCGCGCCGCCCGAGAAGGAGGGCGCCGUGUGCGCCGUGUCGGCCGCCGACGACGACAGCGACUGCAACGACGCGGAGCGCCCGCCGCCCGGCUGGCGCAAGAAGGCCAACCUGCGCAUGUACACUAUACUCGACAAAAUUUUCUAGCAGGAAGAGACAAGCGCUUCGGGCGUAGCCAGAGCGCGGAGCGAGGCGAGGGCCGGUGGGGCGCGCGCCCGCGCGACGCGGCGCCGGGGGCGCGGGGGCGCGCGGCGCGGCCGGGCCGCGUUGGUGGCGCGCGAUGCGGCGUGGGACGCCGUGCAGGCGCAGCUGAGGGCGCGCGCGCCCCCGCCCCGCGCGCCCCCGCCCCCGGCGCCGUCCGCGCCCGCCGCCGCGCUGCUCAUCCUGCACACGGAGCUGUAGCACCCACCCCGCGCGGCCCGGCCGGCCGCGGGCGGCGCCACGGGCUGCCAUUCUUAUUGCUAGAGUCACGAGACUUGCCUUCCACCUGUAACGCCGGCUCCACACGUUGGCCCCAAUAUUGGCCCCAACGCUAUUCAUCCAACGUGUGGAUCUAGAAAAUGGCAUUGGUCCCAACGUUAGGGCGAGCGUUGGUAGUUGGCCGGCUCGUGUCGGUUUCAUCAAAGGAAUCUGCGCCAACGCUCGCGAUCUGUCCACACGUUGGCGCUUUGCUCAGUUCUGUUACAACACGCAGCGAGUGCAUACGUCGAGCGAGAAUGGCUUUCUCAUCCACAAAAUCGUCACCGGCUUGGACAAAUGAAAAAGUAAUAGAAUUUAUAGAACUUUAUCAAGCACAUCCAAUAAUAUGGGACGCAACUCGAAAGGACCACAAAAAUAAAAAUUUAUUAGCUGAUGCAUGGCGCACCAUUCAACAAAAUAUGGGAAUGAAUUUCUCAAUCGAAGAUUUAAAAAAAAAGCGAGAAUCAUUAAUGAGCACAUAUCUAGACACACGGCAGUGUGUCCGCCAAGUUCGAGCAAAAAACCGACACACCGGCCGUGGGUUAUAUUACACGAACCAUUUCGGGCCAAGUUCGACCCACCUAUAACUCAAAAUCUAUUUUAUCUACGCAUAUGAAAUUUCUAGUAUCUGUCGAGAUCUACUUACUUAUCUAAAAUACAAAAUUUCAUUAAUGUACCUACUGUAGGUCUUGAGAUAUUGACGUCAGAAAAUCGCUAUUUUUACUAUACACUCACUGACUGACUCACUCACUCACUCAUCAAAAACCUAGACCACUUCUAAUGGUCGUAUUGACUUGAAAUUUGGCAUGGAGGUAGGUCUUUAGGUCAAGGUAAAGAAAAAAAUGGCCAAGUGUGAGUCGGUUUUAAAAAUAAUGAAGGUGUAAAUUCAUACCCCUAAGGAACUAAAACAAAAAAAAAAUAUCUUUAUCUUCCAAUGGUCGUACCGACCUAAAAUUCGUUACGAAGGUUUGUAUUUAGUCAAAGUAAAGUAAAAUAAGAAAAAAAGAAAAUAAACCUUACAAAAAUAAAUAAAAUCCCACCCAAAACACAAAUGUGAAAGGCUGCCAAGUUCGAUAAUAUUGGAAUGCUUCGCCUAUAAAAGAAGUGAGAUCUAAAUAAGUACCAAGUUCCAUACACAGACCUCAGUUAAAAAUGAUAUAACUUGGCAAGUUUUAAUAGAACAUUAUAUACUUGAAUCAUUGCGUUUAGUAGGUUUAUAACAAAGUGUGUGAAAACUUGCCAACUUGUUAUAUCAUUUUUAACUGAGGUCUGUGUAUGGAACUUGGUACUUAUUUAGAUCUCACUUCUUUUAUAGGCGAAGCAUUCCAAUAUUAUCGAACUUGGCAGCCUUUCACAUUUGUGUUUUGGGUGGGAUCGCCUUUACAGAAAGAAAAUUAGUGACUCUACUCGAUCUGGAUCAUCAACAGAUGAUAUUUUUAAACCAAAUUGGUUCGCUUAUGAGCUCAUGGAUAGCUUUCUUGCUCCGAUUUAUGAUAAAUCGAAUACAAUUACUAUUAACACAGAGAGAUUGUCUUUUUAUUUUUUCUCAGUAACAAAUAUCAAUGUGCACUCAUCAUUACUAUAAACGCGCUCAGAGCUGUUUCGAUUUCUGUAUCGGACAUCUUCACAUUGGCGUUGACGGGAUAGAACUAGUUUAUUAGCCAACGUGUGUACGCCUCACCGAGUUUGCAGUCCAACGUUGGUACGAGCGUUGGGACCAACAUGUGGAGCCGGCCUAAAGGUCUGCCGUAUCUCAUAAGUUUCUAUAUUGUUUAUAUCGAGUACAGACUGCCAUAUUACGUAGGAAACGGUUACAUAGUUAGGCGAUAUAUUACUAUGUUAUGUAAGUAGAGUAAGUGAAGGAGGAUCUUCAAAGAAUUUAGGUAGUGUGCCAUGUCGUAGUGUUGCAUGUAUCGCACGAGUGGCGCCCUCUUGUUGUUAUAUAUUCUUGUAGCUCCUAUAUCGUACGUAGGGUCGGAGAGUUAGUUGGUUAGUGCAAACUAUAUUUUAUAGAUAUGUUUUGUAGGAAGUUGGGUAGUGACUUGUUGUCUUGUAGCGGAGUAUCGAGAGACGUGGUGCUAUCAGCGCCAGCCGAGUAGUGGCUGGCGUGCGUACGUACUGUGUACGUGCGAGACGCAGACUGAGUGCGAUAUCACCCGUUACAUUGUUACUGCACAUCGAUUGUAUGUGCUGUGUUACAUCGAGCGAACAUUAUUACAUUUCAAGUCUCCUGUCAUUUCAGUUUGAACAUUGUGAUACCAUUUUGCUGUGAUUUGAGUUAAAGUACACGAGCGAAGUAAGCAGUAGGUGUCGGUAACCUGGUGCCAAAUAGUGUAAGCUGUAGCACGUACGAGUCGUUCACUGUCGUAGACAAUACAGUAUACAGUACACUAGACAAUAAGCGAUACGCACAGCUGUGCCCCCACUGUUAUGUUAAGCAAUAAAGUGAUAUUUUUGUAAUA